AUGGACACCAUUGACCCUGCUACUGGGCAGCCCCUGCCUUCAGACUCUCUUCAGCGAGUUCUCUUCAUCACCAAUACAGUACAUGUCUACAACAUUCCACCAAUGGUACCUGGAAAGGGCCAUGUGGCCGCAACAUGGACUGCAGACGGCAAUAAGCGUCAAAUAUUUACCGCGCGGCUGCGUGUGAUUGAGACAUCCAUCCCGCAGCCCGAUGGCAGCGAAAAGGUGAAGACGGAUAUUGUCCUCGAGGAUGGCAAGACUGGCCAACUCUUUGCUGCUGCUCCAUACACGACUCAGGCUGUCGUGGAGUCUGUAUCUGACAGUUCACGCUUCUUUGCCCUGCGAGUCCAAGAUGAAGCUGGGCGAAAGGCUUCUCUGGGUAUCGGCUUCGAGGAGAGAACCGAGUCAUUUGACUUUGGUGUCUCCUUGCAGGAAGCGGGCAAGGGUCUUGGUUGGGACCAUGGCGGAUCCGCGGGCAAGAAACCAGCAGUUGAAAAGAAGCAGAGCGAAGAUAAGCGCGAUUAUAGCUUGAAAGAAGGAGAGACUAUCACGGUCAAUUUGCCUGGCCGCUUCCAGCGCCGGAGGCCUGAUCCAGAGCCCCAGUCCAAUGCUCCUCUAUCUUCGUUCUCGCUAGCACCACCUCCGUCAGCUUCGGCAUCAAAGGGAUCAGGCAUUCUCCCUCCGCCGCCUAGUGCGCCAACUGUUAGGGUGCAGCAGUCCUCCAGUCAGAAUACACAAAGCUCCAAUCAACCAUCAGCGGCAGAACUGGGAUUCGAUGAUGGAAAGUUUGGUGAAUUUGCCUAA